AAAGCGCUGCAUUUGUAUGGUCCAGACCGACUUGUACUACAAGGUAGGCUUACGUGACAUCUUCAUCCAUCGCCCAUUUCAGUAUAAUAGUAUGAUGUCCAUGUUUGAGGAAGGCUGAAGUACACAGUGGUUUUUCUAAGUCAGCAGGAUGUCAAAGCGCAAGUUUACAGAGCUCCAGAAUGAAAAUGGGGGUAGUCCCACCCACUCCGACUUUGAUGAGAGUAGCAACUGUAGCUCGGUCAUGACCAACAGCAGUUCCGAUGUACCCACAGGAAUUGUCAGCAAACAGAAGAAGCCAAAAAAGUCUGUGCAAUUUCACGAUGUCAAAGUAUAUUACUUUCCAAGAUCUCAGGGCUUCGUUUGUGUCCCGAGUGAGGGAGGAUCUACUCUGGGUAUGGAGCUGAAGCACUCUCAUGCUGAGGACUUCUCAGUGACUGAAUAUGCUAAAGAGCAGCGACGCUUACACCAGCGCAUGCUGGAGGAGCAUCGACAACAGGGUCGUCUAAUGUCUGGCCUUACAGAAAAGUCAAAGUUGUGCGACAAAUCUGAUGAUGACGAAGAAGAUGAGGAGGACGACGAAGAAGAAGAGGAGGAAGAUUCCGACUUUGAAGAUUUAGAGGACUAUAUAUUUCUUCAACCUAUCUCUAUUAGACAACGACGCACCCUACUGCGGCAAGCAGGGGUGAGAAAAAUAGACAUUCAGGAGAAGGAUCGGUGCAAGGACAUCCGUGUGUCGCGCGAGGUUUGUGGUUGUGAUUGUAAGGUGUAUUGUGAUCCUGAGACAUGUGCAUGUAGUGUGGCAGGUAUCAAGUGUCAGGUAGACCGUCUGUCCUUUCCUUGUGGCUGUAGCAAAGAUGGCUGUGGCAACACCAAUGGUCGUAUAGAAUUCAACCCCAUCAGGGUUAGAACUCAUUUUAUUCAUACACUUAUGAGGCUUCAGCUUGAAAAACGUGAGGAGGAUUCUUCAUUAUAUCGGCUUCAAAGAUCGACGGGGGCAAAGUCAACAUCUGACUUAGAAUCAGGUGGCGGAUCAGAUUCAUCAGGUGACCAGGAUCGAGUUGGCAGUCAGGAUAAGCCUAAAACAGUAGAUUUGUCUGAGUUUAACAGUAAUGAACUAGGCAGUUGUCGUGACUGUCAGAAUUCGGAGGUGUGCAAUAUGAUGAUGGCAGAAGUCCAGCAUGCUAGCUUGGAGGCGGAGCAACAGCGCAAUGUGCUCAACAAUAUGUACCCAUACAAGGAUCUGCCACAGGGGACUGUUACUAACCCUCUUCCUCAUGUCCUUCUUUUCAACGAUACAGAGGAUGACCUCUACACCGCCCAGAAUACAACACCCUUUUAUAACUUCAAGCAGGAGGAAGCUUCCUAUUCUGAAACCAGUGAGUGCUCUAGCGACACUAGCACCACCUAUGAAAACAAUCAUUAUCAGAAGUCUUACCAGACUCUGGCCACUCCUUCCUUUGAGGGCACAUUAGGGGAGGAAGCCAACCAGGAGUUCUGUCACCGGUCAAAUCCACCCAACAACUACAUUCAGGGUACCCCAACAGAACACAAAUACAUGCCCCUUAACUCUGCCAGUCACAUGUACCGUGUGGGGCAGGUGGCGCCCCCUGUUGACUCCCACCAUAAUUACUCAACCCCUCAACCUCAAUGGGCCCCUGAGGGAGGCAAGCAAGCCCCUGCCCCCAGUACUUACACCUCAACAGAGACUUCACAGACCAGUGAAUCAGGUCUGUCUUCAUGCAGUUACACUACCAUGACCAACACAACAUCGGACCAAAUCGCGGAGACAUGUCCCAGCAUUUCAUCUCUCAUUAACAAUGUAAGUCAAAGCCUGGAGUAUGUAGACCAAGGCAUGAACUACAAACCAGUCCAGGAGGGCUACAGCACUGAACAGAUACAGAGUGAGUAUAGUCUGGAGUGUGAAUCUACUGCCAAGGUCUAUACUGACCUUGACCUUGACAUGCCACCACUGAAGGACAGAACUAAUGACCAGUGCCUUCUGCUCGAAUCAACGGCACAUUCAACACACAAGGCAGACGGCAAACCAGCCAAGGUCAACACAGAGUCAUCAAAUGCUGACUAUGGCAUUGCGCCCAUCAUGGAAAACAUCAUCUCAUCGUCAACGAGCAUAGCUCAAGAUUUAUCACAAAAAUUCCAACAAAACCAUUGUGUCAAUAAUCCCACCAUCACUUCCACCACAUCUACCCACCGUGACCUGCUACGGUCCAAGAUGGAGACAGGGCAAAACUUUGGUGAGAUCAUCAAGGAGUCCAUAGUUGAAACUGUGUCGGCUUAAUGAACAAAUGUAUUGUUGCACACAUAUCCAAGCUGUUGCUGUAAAAUUAUGUAUUUUCAUUGGGCUCAAAUUUUCGUGAUUUUUUCCAAUAUUUUCUCCGUGUAUUUCCUUUGUGUAUUUGAUUCAAUUUUGUAGAGGGUGCCGUAUUUUCCGAUAUUUAUCAGCUGCCAUGCAAAUUUUUAGCCUUUCAGUUUGAUCCAUUUAUAAGUCUCGCUGGAAUAUAAGCCCCAGCCCGACUCACAAGGAAAAAGGUGCGACUUAUAAUCUGGAAAAUACAGUACUCUUAAAAUUAAUGAGUUUUCUUUCUUAACAAUUAUUUCUAUACAUGGAUUUAGAUCUUGAAACCAACAAAAAUAAACUGAAGAGGAAAAUAUAUAAUUUUACAGUACAGAAUGAUCAGGACUGAUGUAUCUAGAGUAGAAUUAUAGAAAUACUUGUCAGUGUCUGCUAUUGUUACUGUAGUAGAUUAUGUAGAUUAAUUGCUGUGUGCAGAAUUCUUCAAUGUCUUCACUAUGUAGUAAACGGCUUUUUGGAGUUAAAUUUAGCUAUAUAUGGUGUUAGCUAUAUCUUAAUGUAUCAUGUCCACCAGUAUCAAAUAAGAAUUUCUUUACUUAAUUAAUAGAAAUAGAUCAGGAAGCAAAGAAUUUAUAGUAGGAUUUUGGAUUUAAAUAGUAUUUUUUUGCAAAGCUGAAUUUGUAAAUACCAGGCAUAGUAUCUUAAAUGAGUUUUCCUUUUACAUGAGAUCUUAUGAAAGGAGUCUGAGAAGGUUAUAUUUUUGCAAACCUUGGCGAUCAAAAACGAAACUUCAAGACAAGAGUUUCAUAAAAUCUUAUAUGACAUGAAAACAAAUCACUUCUUGUCACAUAGCUCAGAAAAGCUACAUUAUGAAAGGUAUUAAAGUAAAAGUGUAGAGGACAAAAUCAAACAAUGGCAGCCAUUUUAAUUUUGUGAUGUCGGGUCAUUGUCCAUAUUAUGACAUCACAAUUGAUUUCUGACUGGUGCAGCCAAUGAAAAAGCUUCAGGGUUUACUUCACUACUGACCUAAACACAAACAUUUAACUUUGGUGAAUUCACUGGGUGACAUAUACGUCGGAUUAUAUGAAAACUAAAUAAAAAUGUAUAAAUCGGAUGAAACCAGCAAGUUUUGUAAAUGACUGAUUUAUUACUUAUGGGCCAUGGCGAACGUUGUUCUUGUAUCAUUAAAACUAAGUGCAAAACUAUACAAGUUAAAAUUUCAAGAUUUCACUUAAAUAUUUGAUACAAAAGGUCAAACUGAUACUUACUUAAUACAAAAGGUCAAACUGAUGCUUAGUUGUUGUGUUGUAAUUAUGUUUUUUAAAUAAGGUUUUACUAUGUUGCAUUGUGUUAAUGAAUCUCUGUAAGUUGUGCUAUUAAAAAGGAAUUUUACCAGUUAGACAAAAUUCAUAACUGACAUUCUUGGGCCAUUUUUGGCGAUUUUGAAAGGUUGACAAUGUGCAAUUAAGAAGUCUUUUAUUGUUAACAGGUCUGCAUUGUGCAAACUAGCCUUAAGAUAUAUGAAACUAUGAUAAAGCUCACUAAAAAAAACCUGUUCUCUUUGUAUUUAAAGAAUCAAAUUGAUGAUUUAUGCAAAAUACAUUUUAAAUGAUUGUCAUUUUUUGCCGAAACUUUAACUAGUUUAUUAUCGUCGAUGAUAAAACACUGAUGAAUUAAAUAUUUAUAUAUCAUAGAUAUCCUCAAUGGAACGUCUACCAUCACAUCACUUUUUGCCCUCCAAUGCAAACUGACCAAAUAAGUAUUUUACCAAAUAAGGAAAAUUGUUGUCGAAGUCCUCAAAUAUGAAAGUUGUCAAAAUUGAUCAAGUUACUCACAGUACCAACUGAAGGGAAGAUAGAGAUCUGUAUGUCAUGUUGGUGACUUUUCAAUGUGUAUAUUUAGGUGCUGAUCAGAUUGUUGUAGUAUAUAGUAUAUUGUGCAUGUUUUCUCUGUACUACAUAUGUAGUACGGACCACUUUUUGGUCACAUCUUUUAUGUGUUGAUGUUACAGUGAUGAAAUUGUUUAUCUGUGUACAAUGUAUGUAGCUUUGUAUUUAGAAAUUUUUAAAUGAAAAUUUCUUGCCAAAUUGAUUCUGCAUCAUAGCUUUAUAAGUGAAAGUUGGUAUGUUUUAUAGAAUUGUCCUAAUUGUGAUUUUUUCCUUUUGCUUUUUAUAAAGAUGUCACAAAUUCAUGUAUUCUAUUUUAUGGGGGAAAGAUCUCUUCAUGUUUACUGAGUUUUUAAAAAAACUGUUUUAGUCCCUUUCCUUGUCAUAAGGGGAAAUACAUUUGUUUUUUUUUCUUAUGUUCAAACAUAUCGCAUUAAAAUGACAUUUCCUUUGCAAUCUAUUUUCUGACUAUUUUUUUCAUUGUAUUACAUUGUGAUCAGAUUUAAAUGAUUCAUGAUUUUAAAUAGAUCAGAGAGAACAUAAGUCUAGAUUUUUACUGCAUUCAUAUUGCUGGAUUUGUAUGUAUCACCCCUCUUUCAGUUACUUUUAUGGCAUGUAGAACUUACUGAAUGUAUUUUAUCAGCAAUUUUAAACAGCUGGAAAAACAAACUGAUAUCGAUUGUGCAGGUUUUUUUUUUUUUUUAAAUUUGAGAACACAAUUGUUAAAUUCAGAUUCUUAUAUCUUGUGUUAAUUAUACGAACAACUCCACUUUGUUUUCACACAGUUGAUGUUGUGUGUGAGGGGAGAUAACUCCUUUGAAACUCUAACAAACAUUACAUUUAGAUGCACAAGAUGUCUUCUUUAUAAGUAUUACUAAAUGUUUGGUCUUUAUGUUAGUAUCGGUGCUUAUUUCUUUUCCUAUAUUUUUAAAUUUCGACCAGGUGCUUUGAAUUAAGAAACUAUAUUUUUGUGCCAUGUUUGUUUACUGCAAUUAGAAGUGCACCUUGCCAGAAACACAUAAUUAUUGAUUAACAUUUGAGUCGAAAUGAGUUUAACUUGAGGAUUGUGACUUAAGUACUUCAUUUAACGGUGAAUUGUUUACAGAAUGUAAAGGCCGUACAGGACUGAUGGCAACUGUGAAUUAUGUCUUUUGUCGGCUUUCUCUUAAUAUAAGGAAAUGUAAAAUGAUUUUAACUGGAUUAUGUCCCCACUGGGGUCAGCUUUUUCUGAACUUAAGGAAUUGUACUUAGCUGAUUGUAUGGUCCCGUUUCAUCUUGUUUUUCUCUUGACUUAAGGAAUUGCAAAAGUUUUUGCCAUGUCUGAUUUUCUUUAAAGUAUUAAAGGGUAUAGGUUGUAUUUUGUUGGUUAUGUCUCCAUAUAGAUGUGUAAAAUUUGAAGAAAUGUAACAAAUAGGGUCAUUUAUGUUAUCACUCUGACCAAGGUUGCUUAUAUCAGAUAUAUAAAAGGACAUAUCAACUGAUCUGAACUAUUUACUUAUCAAGGCUUGACAAAUCCUUUUGAGGCCUGUACUAAUAGGUCCGUCCUGAUCUUUGUCUGAAGUACAUUUAUAUGCUGACAAACUGGUAUGUUUACCUCAGUAAAAAUGGCCCAGAUUUUGUAUGAAAGUCGUGAUUACUGUGGGAAACACAGUUGUCUUUAUUAUCAAUAUUCUUAGUAUUCUUAUUUUAUAACAUUUAAAAUGCUGGUUUAAAUUAUACACCAAUAAACCUCAUUCAUAAAACAUCAUGACCAUAAUAGGGCUGUUUAUAAUUGCUAAGUAUAAUACAAGCUGAGACUUUUGAUCAGCUACAAUACAUUAUAUAGUUACAUUUCUCUUGGUAUAUAGAUCUUGUUGUACCAUACUGAUCUAAAAGUCCAGCUACUGGUUGAAAUUGUUCAUGGCAUUAUUGUUCUAGUCCAAAACAUUUAUCAACACAACUGAAAUAUUACAGACACUUUUUAAAAAAAUGAUUUAUACUAUGUCUCGUCAGGUUUUUGUUGUUUACUGACAAAUUCAACCAUUUCUAUAUCAAAGUUUGUAGAUCAACUCAUCAAUCUAUAUAAAGAGAGAUAUCUGAUGUUAGUUUGUAGGUUUAGAUGUUAAGAAACUUGUGACAGUUUUCUUCUGAGGUAGAGAGAUUAGAUGUUUUUGUGAACAAACUUGGGAGAUCUGCAUUGGUGUUUGUAGAGCAAAGGAAGGACUUCUGUGAGGUUCGUGCUGAAAGUAUAUCACGCAAAGUUUCUGUGAUAAACUUUCUGCUAGUCAAGUCACAUUCAUAUAUGUUGUGUUAUUGUACCUGAAUACAUACCUUUUGUUUUGCUCUGUAUUUCUUAUAGUUACUGCUGAGCCUUUCCUAGUAUGAUGUAUUUUUGUGUUUAAUUCACUUCAUUUAGGAUAAAUCAUAUUUUGUGUUCUAAUUAUACUGUUAGUCUUUGCCAGUAUUUGUAUUCACUGUGCACUUUUUAAGUACUGGUAGUAGUUGAACAUGACACGGAUAUUAACAGAAUAUCUAGUUUAUUACCCUAGUAACCCUCAGUGGUUUUUGACGCUUGUGACCUUGAUCAAGGUCAUUUGAACUAAACUUAUAGUAUGUUUAUCCCUUUCAUUUGUAAGAUGAACAAUUAGUUUUACAUAUAUACGGUGAAACCUUAUCUCUAUGUUUUGUUGGAGUUAAAAUGAAUUUCAAACUAUCCUGAAUAUCUCCACUUGGAGAUUCUCUUUGUCUGGUUUGAUAUAUCCUGUACAUGAAACAUAUCUUGAUGUGACUUAUUUGACAAAUCUCAUUUUCUGAGGCACGUUCUAUUUACUCUUGUGUUCUCACAUCUGUUUUAAUAUUGAGCAUCUCAAUCUACAAGUAGGAUAGUGCUAUAAAUGUUUUACACUUUGUAAUGUUGCAAUAAGCUAUUUUUGUUCAGUUGGUGUUAAACUAACAUCUCUUUUUUGUUUUUUGUUUUUUUUGAAAGAUCUGAUUUUUGAAUGGAGUAGAAGGCUGUAUUAGUCUAAGGCUGUUGAAUAAGAACAAAUUGUUUGAAAAUAAUUUCCAGAUGCUUACAAUUGAUCAUUUUUCUGUCUCUCUUUUCGUAAAACAUUUCAAAUAGCUUCUGUGUUCUCUAUAGGGAAAGUUUGAUACCAGCAUAUGAUAAGCUAGCUACUGUAAGAUAAUUAGUAAUGUAGGCCAAGUCUUUUGAAAACUUCUCUGUCAAAUGCAGAUGAUUUAAACACAAUGCUGUUUUACCUGUCUACUAGAUUUUCUCUCUCAGAUAAAAGACGUAGUUUUUAUCCUUUACACUACUACUGCAAUAGUUAAAUUAUAUUUUAAAUAUAUGUUGUUUGAUGAACAAGUUUAAGUAUUCAUGAUUCUUAGGGUUUUUUUGUUAAUUUUUCACACAUUACCACUUUCUUGGUUGUUAUUUGCAAUAAUGGUUGUGAAAUUCAGUGAUGUUAUUAUUUUUUUUUAUGGGGAUAAAAAUUCAGUGUAGUAUGUUUUCUUUCAAUUGUAAAAUGUUCAUGUGUUUGUAUAGCAUUCUUGUACAACUUGUGAGAAUAAAAGGGAGGGAGGGGGGACUCGGAUCAUCUGCCAAAUCAGAUUGACCAAAUAAAUAUAUAGGUCAUUAACUAUAACAACUAGUUUGAGAAUUUAUUUCUGGUUCAGAAUCAUUUAUAUGUUUGCUGUUUUGUUAAAAAAACGAAUCUGAUGGUAAAUGUUGGCUGUUUUAUUAAAAAAACGAAUCUGAUGGUAAAUGUUUGCUGUUUUGUUACAAAAACGAAUCUGAUGGUAAAUGAAUGUCUUGUUGUAAUAAAUAUUUCCAGGAUUUAAUUUGGUAGUAUAAUAGGCCUAAAGAUUUACUGUUUAUUAUGAAAUGGGUACACUGCUGUGUUCUACCACAGAGAAACCACCAGCCAAGGUGUGUCAGGUUUAAGGUAUUGUCAUGCCAAAUGUGUGCCCUUUGUUUCUUGUUUCUUUGUUGUCACUUAUUUUUGAUCAGGUGUAUAUUGGAUUCUUUCAUGUAGAUUUAUUCAUAUUUAUUUCACCAAUGAAAAAUCACAUCACAAAAACAAUUUUAUGGAUUUUCAUUUGUUAGAAUUGAACAUAUUUUUUUUGAAGAAAUGCUGACCAUGUUGUUCUUUGAUCAGUCUGCAACUGUCUUUUGAUAUACAUUAUUAGGGUAGAUUGGUUAGAUCCAUGCUUUUAUGACUUACAAUUAGCAAAUUUUAAUGAUAGAUUUUAUGUUGUACAUACUUUUAAUAGAAAAUGUGACAUUUUAGAAUUGUUAUACGCAAAAAUAAAUCAGUAUUAUUACUGAUGCAUCAUGUGACCUCCCUGCAAGCUGGUUGUCAUGGCAACCAAUAUAAACAGGGCCAAUGUCUCGGUAGUUGUUGACCAUGUGUACCAAAGUUUCAGUAUGUCAAUAGUGUUGUUAUAUAUACAUAUAUAAAUAUAUAUAUCUACAUAUAUCUAUAUUGUGUAAGUAAGAUGACUGUGCAAUAAAUCAUGUGAAUAAAAAGAGGA